AUGUCCCACGUCAUCAUCAAAUCUAUUCCCUUCACCACCCAGAUCAAGCAGGGUGCAAGGCAUAUCCUCGCUCACGACAAGGCUCGAGCACAGAAGCUUGUACAAGGCUUGCACCCACACGGCCCUCUAGGACACAAGGCAACAGCCGCAGGGCGUCACCGCCACCACCACCAUCACAAGCAUCAUCCUGUUCCUGAACCAACUCCUAACGAUCCUCCUGAGCCCGCCCCCGCCCCUCCAUCAGGGGACCCAGACGCCGCUAAGGAUUCUAUUGACGUUACUGAUGCUGGUGUUACCUACACCAUGUCAGUUGGAGUCGGAAGCCCGGCUACCCAAUAUACUCUACUGAUCGAUACAGGAAGCUCCAACACGUGGGUUGGAGCCGGUAAAGCAUACAAACAGACCUCCACAAGUAAGAGUACCCGUAACAGUGUGAAUGUAACCUACGGCUCGGGUUCCUUCUCCGGCACCGAAUUCACCGAUGAAGUAACUCUUGGUUCACUCGUGAUAAAGAAUCAGUCCAUUGGCGUGGCAUCGAAAGCUAAUGGUUUCCAAGAUGUAGACGGCAUUUUGGGUAUCGGCCCCGUUGAUUUGACCGAAGGGACCGUUUCUAAUACCCCCAAUGUCCCUACGGUAACCCAGAAUAUGUUUACACAGAAACUCAUUCCUACUGAAUCCAUCGGAAUCUCUUACGAACCCACAACAUCUGAUGGCGCUUUGAACGGCGAACUUACGUUCGGCUCCGUAGACACUUCCAAGACUACCAGUGAUGUUACUUUCGUGCCUAUUACUAGCACAUCUCCAGCAAGCAACUAUUGGGGAAUCGACCAGACAAUCUCCUAUGGACAAGAUUCUUCGCCACUUUUGACUUCGUCGGGUAUUGUCGACACUGGGACCACUUUGCUCCUCAUUGCUACAGAUGCUUUCAACGCAUAUCAGAAGGCCACUGGGGCUACUCUUGACCAGACGACGGGUCUCUUGACAGUCACCGAGGAACAAUUUUCGAACAUGCAGAGCUUGUUUUUCAAUAUUGGAGGAACAACCUUCGAGUUCACGCCCAAUGCCCAAAUCUGGCCUCGUUCCCAGAACAGCCAACUUGGAGGAGAAGAAGGAAAAAUAUACCUCAUCACAUCCGACCUCGGCAACAACAGCGGCACUGGACUAGAUUUUAUCAAUGGAUUUGCUUUCUUGCAGAGAUUCUACAGUGUCUACGAUACUACCAACGCCCAAGUUGGACUUGCUACUACUCCGUUUACUAAUGCCGAAACUAAUUAG